AUGAUUGAUCAUCUUCAAUACAACAUCGGCGUCCUCGCAGAAGAAUUGGCCAAGUAUUGCCAUGGAGGCUACCAUCCGGUGCAUCUCAAUGACCUACUAUGUGACGGGCGAUACCGAAUACUUGAUAAGCUUGGCUUCGGGUCAUUUUCUACUGUCUGGCUUGCUCAAGACGAGGUGAAGGAUAUAUAUGUUUCUAUAAAAAUUGCAGUCGCAGAACAGUCUCAUAAUCCAAUGGCGAGUUGCAAAUCCUGCAAGCUAUUACACAAACCGAUUAUAUUCAUUCAUGUGGCGUGGCACAUGGAGAUAUACACUUGGGCAACGUACUGUUUCGAGUCUCUGGUCUCAGUAGGAUACCACUUUGUGAUGACUCGCAUAGGAAAGGUGUCAAAGAAGGAUGGCUCACCGAGUGAAACGGGUGUUCCGGAAUACCUUGUAGAGCCUGUGGAGUAUAAGUUCGACAGAAGCGAGAUUCUCGAUGAAAUCCAGCUUGUUGACUUUGGCGAGUCGUUCUUCAUUGGCCAUCCACCCAACUCAAUACAUACGCCCAUGUCCCUCCACCCACCUGAACUGGUGUUCAGGCACCCUUUGACAGAAGCAGUUGACAUCUGGAACCUUGGAUGCACGACAUAUGAGCUUGUCACUGGGCGCACGCCAUUCGAAGCAUGGAUGGAUGAUCGCGAGCUGGCACCGCAGUUUCAGAAGGUGCUUGGUGGUGUCCCUGAUCAAUGGAUCCAAGAUGCUCUAAAAGCCGGAGUCUUUACAGAGGAACCAGACAUCUCGGCUGCGAACGGCUUUUUAUCCCUCGAGGAGGAUAUACAAGCGUCAUACGCUAAUGGCUAUGACAAAGAGACACUCGAUCUUGAUGAAGAGGAUCUCACGACAUUAAGAAGUUAUCUUCGCAGGAUGUGCAUAAUCAAGCCAACCCGACGAGCGAAUUUGCCAGAAUUAAUGUUGCAUCCAUGGGUUCAAGCGGGCAACGGGGUUCGAAAGGAAGAACAAUGGGGGGAAGCCUAG